UCACUCUCUUCAUCCACUCCUCUCACCUCCAUCUCCCUGGGAACAAGGUGCACGUCCUUCCCCGAGACAUGUCCUGCUACAACCAGUGCCUGCCGUGCCUGCCAUGUGGACCCUGUGGCCCCACCCCGCUGGCCAACAGCUGCAAUGAGCCCUGUGUCCAACAGUGCCAGGACUCCACCGUCGUCAUCCAGCCCUCUCCCGUGGUGGUGACCCUGCCCGGCCCCAUCCUCAGCUCCUUCCCGCAGAACACCGCCGUGGGAUCCUCCACCUCUGCUGCCGUUGGCAGCAUCCUCAGCUCUCAGGGAGUGCCCAUCUCUUCCGGGGGCUUUGGCCUCUCUGGCUUUGGCAGCCGCUACUGCGGCACAAGGUGCCUCCCCUGCUAAAGCUGCUGGUGAUGGCCCUGGAGAAAAACCCCCAGGGACCCAGAUGUUGGCAGCGGAUAGGGCACAGAGCAUAAGCUUCUUGUGUUCAGGGUGACCAAACCUCCCCAUCACCCCUUGGAAGAAGAUGGGUCUCUCGGAGCGCACGGCCCAUGCCUGCCUUUCCCCUCCUCCACUCUCUCCUUUCCCACCAAUGUCCUUGUUACUCAGCACGGUUCCACUGUGUUCUGAGUCCCACAACGUCAUCAUUGAGAGGACAUGCUGGCCCUUCUCCCUCAGUGGAGCAGACAGGUGGUCAAAUGGUGGCAUGCCCACCAAGGCCACACAGCUCAUGCUCUCGUCUGCCCCUGGUGCUUCCUGCACUGGGGCCCCCUCUCAGAGUGACCUCGUUUCCCCCAUUUGACUCUAAUAUUAAAGUUCUGCUGCAUCUCA